UCAAAAAUUCUUAUCAAUAAACGUGUUUGAAUUUGAGACGAAAAAGAAAAGUAAUUAAUCGUAAUUCUUUAGCACUUGAUUAAAUAAUUGACGGAGCAUUUAUCGAAUUUUUGAGUAUGUGAAUCAAUUUUUAAUAUCAAUGGAGCCUUCAAGUUCGUACAAAACAAAAUUAGCCCGCAGAAAGAAGAAAUAUGCAGCGAUGCUUUUGAAAGAAACCGGUCUACAUGAAGUACACAAAUCGAAAUUCCUCCUGAUUUGUAAUACAGGUUUGGUAAGUGGUUCAACAGCCGAAGAUGUACUCGAAUUGUUUUCCCAGUACUGCAGCGUUCAGAAUAUUCUCAUGGUACCUGGUAAAUCUUAUUGUUUUGUACAAUGUUCCGAUGAAAACGAAGCCGAAAACGCUCACAAUGCGAUAAAUGCAAAACUAUCUUUACCCGGAGUUAACGGUCCAUUGUAUUUGUUAUAUUCUGAAUCGAUGCCUCAACAAGAUUCCAAGAUCAAUUUCCAUUAUCGGCCCGAUGGCUUGAUAUUGAUAGACGAUUUUAUUAGCGGGACUGAAGAACAACUUUUGCUCGAUAUGGUUCAUGAUGAUUUUAAAAACACCAGUAACACAUUAAAACAUCGAUUAGUCAGACAUUACGGUUACGAAUUCGAUUACAACACAAAUAAUGUCAAUAAGAGUAAUAAAUGCGAAGAUAUUCCGUCCAAGUAUUCAUUCCUCAUCGAACGAAUUCAAAAUCACGAAAAGCUCAAGAAUUGGGUGCCAAAUCAAAUCACCAUUAAUUGUUACCAACCUGGACAAGGUAUUCCCUUCCAUGUCGAUACUCAUAGUGCCUUUGAUGACUAUAUUCUUAGCUUAUCUAUCGGAUCGGAUAUUGUUAUGGAAUUUAAAAACGCUCAAGAAAGAUGUUCAUUAUUGCUUCAGCGGAAAUCGCUAUUAAUCAUGUCAGACGCGAGCAGAUACGUUUGGAGUCAUGGCAUAGUUCCUCGAAAAUACGACAUAAUCGAAAAUGAUGCCAAAUUAACCACACAAGCUAGAGGCGAAAGAAUUUCGUUUACUUUUCGGCGCAUUAGAGAUGGUGAUUCGUGUAACUGUGAUUUUGUAGACAACUGUGACUCUAAAAAGAAAAAUCAACCAUGUGGGAGUCUCGAAAUAGGAGACGACGUCGCAUCCAAAUUGGAAAGAACUCACGUACAUGAGGUAUACGACGAGAUAGCUAAUCAUUUCAGCGAAACGCGUCACAAACCUUGGCCUAACGUUGAAAGUUUCAUUCGCUCAUUUUUACCUGGUUCUAUAUUCAUCGAUGUCGGUUGCGGAAAUGGAAAAUACCUUGGUUUAAAUGCUUCAGCUUAUCAAAUGGGUUGUGAUCGUAACGUCAAGUUGGCUCAAGAAUGUUUCAAAAAAGGAUUCGAAGCUUUAAUUUGUGAUUGUCUGGAAUUACCUUUUCGUUCAAAUGUCACAGAUUAUUGUAUAUGCAUUGCAGUUAUUCAUCAUUUAGCUACCGAAAGUAGAAGAAUUCGAGCUAUUCAAGAAAUUAUCAGAAUACUCAGACCAGGCGGUCAAGCGUUGAUUUAUGUUUGGGCUAAAAAUCAACUCAAGGAUGAAAAAUCGUCAAAUUAUUUGAAAAUAAACAGAAACAAAGAUUUCGCUGCGGGAAAAGUCAUCGAAGAUACGCGUUCUGUUGAAUUUAAAACGUCCAUAGAGAACGCUGACGAAAUUAAUGGUGAAAAGAAAACUGAUGUUAAUAUCUCUCUACCUGUCCAUGUAAAUAGAACACAGUUUAAACACGAAGAUAUGCUGGUGCCUUGGAAAUUGAAACAAAAGCAAGAUGAAUCCGAAGUGCCAACAUUUUUACGUUUUUAUCACGUGUUUUCCGAAGGAGAGCUGGAAUCCUUGUGUAAACGAAUUCCGGGAAACAGGGUGAUGAAGAGUUAUUAUGAUCAGGGAAAUUGGUGUGUGAUUUUGGAAAAAUUGUGAUCUUUGUGCAUUUUCUUAAAGAAUGUUUGUUAUUGAUUUAUUUUGUUGGAUCGAAUGUAAUAAAAAUGAAAUUUCUUAUUUUGUA